AUGAAGAAGCAGAAUGGACAUCAACAAUGUCAAGUUGGCUUCGACGAUGAGGCUGGCGAUUACAUCGUUCGUGCAGGAGACAUCAUCAAUGAGAGAUAUCAGAUAUCAGUGAAGCAAGGGUCAAAGACUCCUAUCUUGGGAAAGGGAUCGUUCGGUCAAGUUGUAUAUGCCUUGGACCUGAUCGAAAACUUGGGGGUUGCACUGAAGAUCAUCAAGAACCAGAAGCAUUUUCACGAGCAAGCCAAGACAGAGAUCGAGCUGCUCAAGAAGUUUCUAAGAGUUCCUGUGCCAGACUCGAUCCCAAUCUCAGAGUCGAUAUACAACGGGGGAAGAUACCUACCUUGCACAGAGUGGGUGGAAUAUGCAAAUGUUGUUAGGAUGUUAGAUACUUUUAUUUUUCGGAAUCAUCAGUGCCUGGUCUUCGAGCUGCUUCCGAUGUCUCUCUACGACCUUUUGAAGUUGUCCAAGUUCAAGGGCUUCCCCUUGUCUCUCGUCCGGAAGUUCGCGAGGAACAUCUUGCACAACCUGGAGGCUCUGCGGGCACCGGAGGUGGAUGUUAUCCACUGCGACCUGAAGCCAGAGAACGUGAUGCUCAUCAAAGCGAACGAGCACAGGAUCAAGGUGAUCGACUUCGGAUCAAGCUGCUCCUCGGGUUACAGACCGUUCACGUACAUCCAGUCUCGAUUCUACAGGUCUCCGGAAGUUCUUCUCUGCCGCUCCUACUCGUAUGCAAUCGACAUGUGGUCAUUAGGAUGCAUCAUGGUUGAGAUGCACACUGGAAGCCCGUUAUUCAAUGGGAAGAACGAGUACGAGCAGAUGCAAAAGAUCUGCGAGAUGUUCGGGUUCCCUCCAGACCAUAUGCUGCAGCAGGCAGGUUCCAAGUCGAAGGUCAAGAACAUGUUCCGCAAAGGGAGCAACGGAGGGUGGAGGAUGUGUUGGCCGGGAGAGCGCGAGAUUGUUACCAAGUCAAGGAUCAUGCGUGAGGUCAUCAGGAAGCCGAACUCGACAGAGACGGAGCAGACGUACAUGCUGCUGGAGGACUUGCUAGAGAAGAUCUUGACUCUCGACCCGGAGGUUCGCUGCACGCCUACUGAGGCUCUGCGUCAUCCUUUCUUCACUUCCAAUCCGUAG